AUUUGGGGGAUCCCGGGGGGGUCUCUGAGCCCCCCCCAAUCCCCCGGGGGUCUCUGAGCGCCCCCCGUGUGCCCCCAGCCCCGCCAUGUCCCGCGCCACCAAGCGGAAGCACGUGGUGCAGCAGCUGCUGCGGGACAGCGUCGAGCCCCGCGCGGCGCAGAGGGUCGUGAGGGUGUUGGGGACACCGGGGAACAACCUGCACGAGGUGGAGACGGCGGAGGGGACGCGGUUCCUGGCCAGCAUGCCCCCCUGCUUCAGGAAACACAUCUGGAUCAAGAGAGGUGAUUUCCUGCUCGUGGACCCCAUCGAGGAGGGGUCAAAGGUCAAGGCCGAAAUCUCGCUGGUGCUGCUCCCCCCCCACGUGCGCUCGCUGCAGCUCCAGGGGCUCUGGCCCGAGGCAUUUGGGACCCCCGAGAGGCCGAAUUCCCGGGAGGGGGAUGGGGACAAGGACGGGGGGCUCUUCGUCAACACCAACCGGGGGGGAACCCCCGGGGACGAGGACACCGGGGACAGUGAAGAGGACACAGGGGACAGCGAAGAGGACACCGGGGACAGCGACAGCCAGGAGGACACGAGUGACAACAGUGACAAUGAAGAGGACACCGGGGACAAGGAGCCCGAGGAGGAGCACCCGGAGCACCCCAGUGACACCGAGGGUGACACAGAAGGUGACACAAAGGAUGACACAGAGAGUGACACAGAGGACCCCCGGGACAAGAGCAGCGGUGACAAGGACCCGAGUGACACGGAGGGUGACACCAAGGGUGACACAGAAGGUGACAAGGAGGAGCCCCAUGACAAGAGCAGUGGUGACAAGGACACGAGUGACAUGGAGGGUGACACAGAGAGUGACCCAAAGAACCCUCGUGACAAGAGCAGCGGUGACAAGGACACAAGUGACACCAGGGGUGACACCAAGGGUGACACCAAAGGUGACAAGGAGGACCCCUGUGACAAGGACAUGAGUGACACACAGGAGGACACGGGGGGGGCCGAGGCCACCCCCCACCCCCGGGACAGUGGGGACAGGGACAGCGGGGACACCGGGGAUGGUCCCCAAUAAAGGACACUCGCUGGUGGCA